AUGAGCGCGGCUCCCGUGAAGCUGCCCCUGCGGCAGCCCGGCGUGGGCUCCUCUGAGCCCCGGGGCAAGCCGGCUGGCACCGGCGCCGGGGCCGGAGGAGGCGGCGGGACCGCAACCGCACCACCUGCGGCCGCCCCGGCCAAGGAGAUCCCAGAGGUGCUGGUGGACCCGCGCAGCAGACGGCGCUAUCUGCGGGGCCGUUUUCUGGGCAAGGGCGGCUUCGCCAAAUGCUUCGAGCUCUCGGACCUGGAGAGCAAGGAGGUGUUUGCGGGUAAGAUCGUGCCCAAGUCGCUGCUGCUGAAGCCGCACCAGAAGGAGAAGAUGUCCAUGGAGAUCAAUAUCCACAAGAGCCUAGUCCACCAGCACAUCGUAGGUUUCCACGGCUUCUUUGAAGAUAGCGACUUUGUUUUCGUGGUGCUGGAGCUGUGCCGGAGGCGGUCUCUACUUGAGUUACAUAAAAGAAGGAAAGCUGUGACUGAGCCUGAGGCCAGGUAUUACCUGCGGCAGAUUGUCCUAGGCUGUCAGUAUCUCCAUCAAAAUAAAGUUAUUCACAGAGACCUCAAGUUGGGUAACCUCUUCCUCAAUGAUGACAUGGAAGUGAAGAUAGGGGACUUUGGAUUAGCAACCAGAGUAGAAUAUGAUGGUGAGCGGAAGAGGACCCUCUGUGGAACACCCAACUACAUAGCCCCUGAGGUGCUAAGUAAGAAGGGUCACAGCUUUGAGGUGGAUGUCUGGUCCAUUGGGUGUAUCAUGUAUACUUUAUUGGUAGGCAAACCACCCUUUGAAACCUCUUGCUUAAAGGAGACCUACAUCAGGAUCAAGAAAAACGAAUACAGCAUUCCCAAGCACAUCAACCCUGUGGCCGCCUCCCUCAUCCAGAAGAUGCUUCGCUCCGACCCUGCCUCCCGCCCCACCAUUAGUGAACUUCUUAACGACGAGUUCUUUUCUUCCGGCUACAUCCCUGCUCGGCUUCCCACGACCUGUCUCACCAUCCCACCGAGGUUCUCCAUUGCCCCCAACAAUGUGGAGUCUGGAGGCCGGAAGCCUCUCACAGCUCUCAAUAAAGGAAUGGAUAGUCCUGCUCCCGAGCGCCCCCUUGAAAAGGAAGAAGUGAUAGUUCAAGAACCAAAUGGACCUGCUGACUGCUACCUCUCUGACAUGCUUCAGCAACUCCUCAGUGUCAAUGCAGCAAAGCCUUCUGAUCGAGGAUUGGUGAGACAAGAGGAGGCAGAGGACCCUGCCUGCAUUCCCAUUUUCUGGGUCAGUAAAUGGGUGGACUACUCAGACAAGUAUGGCCUUGGAUACCAGCUCUGUGAUAACAGUGUGGGGGUGCUGUUCAAUGACUCCACUCGACUCAUUCUGUACAAUGAUGGGGACAGUCUGCAGUACAUCGAGCGAGAUGGCUCAGAGUCCUACCUCACUGUGCGUUCCUAUACUUCACCACUGACCAAAAAGAUUACUCUCCUCAAAUAUUUCCGCAAUUACAUGAGUGAGCACUUGCUGAAGGCUGGUGCUAACAUUACUCCGAGAGAAGGUGAUGAGCUGGCUCGCCUUCCCUACCUGCGAACCUGGUUCCGCACACGCAGUGCCAUUAUUCUACACCUCAGCAAUGGCACUGUGCAAAUCAACUUCUUCCAGGACCACACGAAGCUGAUACUGUGCCCCUUGAUGGCUGCUGUGACUUACAUUGAUGAGAAGCGGGACUUCCGAACGUACAAGCUCAGCCUCCUGGAAGAGCAUGGCUGCUGCAAGGAGCUGGCUAGCCGCCUGCGCUAUGCGCGUACCAUGGUGGACAAAUUGCUCAGUUCCAGGUCAGCCUCAGCCCGCCUCAAGGCCUCCACGUAGGCCGCCUGAGACUGCUUGCUUCUCAGCCCGACCCCCUUCUCCCCACAGACUCAGACCUGGGUCCUUGGGCCCUGGGCUCUGUGAGUGACUCCCUGCCCCUAGCCUUAUUUCUUUAUAUAUCCUUGCCUGGCCUGGAUGGAUCCGUCCCCAUCUUACCCCACCAAAAAAAAAGGAGAAACAAGAAAAAACUUGGAAUAGCAACCUGACUCGCUUUCUUCCUUGUCUCUGUUCUACAGGGGAAGGAAGUUUCAUGUGUAAGUUAUUUGUACAUGAUGGUGUGCCUUAGGACUCCUUGUUCUCCUUGAACUGUACAGAAACUUUUUUUUAAAGGAACUUGGGCAUCCCAGCCCUUUGGCUUUAUAAACAUUAAACAUUAAUUUGCAA